UAUCCUCAAAGUUGACGGGUAACGCUCCUUGCUCCCCUCUUCGUCCUCCCCACUUGCCAUGCUCCUAAAUCGAGGCGCAACCAGAACACGAUGCCUUGCAACAUUUGCUUGAAUGAGUACAAGGAGACCGAUCCUCCCACCGAUCAGCCUGUAGCUCUCAAAUGCGGUCACAUCUUCCACCGAGCAUGCAUAGAGCAAUGGUGCGCCUUGCCGAGUGGCAGCGGACAAGGUGGUCGAAAGCAGUGCUGCGCGUGCAAGUCCCUUUUCCAUCCAUCAGAGAUGGUUACGCUGUACGUGGACAGGGUGGAAGAUCUGGCGCCGUACCUAGCGCGUCGUAAUACGCUCCGCACGAUCAGAGCUGAAGCUCGCUUAAAACGACAAAAGGGGAUGCCUCCGACUGCAGACGAAGUUGUUCUGCUGGAUGACGAGGUUGCGCCGGUGCUGGAAUGUGUCAUGGACGAGGAGGAACAGGACGAGCUGCUGGGAUGUCUGAUUGAUUGGAAAGACGCUUGCACGAGCUACCUCAUGGCCAUCAAUGAUGUUCGAAUCACCCGGGCCAACAACGAGAGCAUGCUGAUGGCCAAGCUGAUGAAAGACGCGGGUGCUAGCGAGGAAGCUCAACGUGAUUUGAAGCGCGGCCUGCAAUCCCUCAAUCAGGUCGCCGCCAUGUUCAAUUCCAAAUUGACAUUAGUGCGCGAGUCGCAAGCGCACUAUGAGGAGGAACGGUCUCGAGUGUCGACAAUGUUAGAAAACCUGGAUCGUCAAGCGCUGGAGAUCAAGAAGCGUCGGACAGAAGUGGAGAGGCAAGAAUCAGGGCUCAAAACCAAAAGUGCAGCCAUCAAGGAAUCAGCGCGGAGUCACAAAGCUGAUCUGGAGCAGGAAGAGAAGAGGCUCACCAAGAAAAGAGAAGAACUCGUGUUCGAGGAAGCAGCAAUCAGAAAACAAGCGGCGGAUGUUCAGAUGAUGAAAAUCAAUGCUAUGCAGGAGAUUGCAGUUCACAAGGCGAAGGCGGACCACGAGGUGGGAGAGAUGAGAAAGGCGACGUCAUGUAUGCAAGACGAAGUCGCCGAGGUCAAGGCAGAGAUGCAGAGGGCUGAGCAAGAGAGGAAUGCAACGAGAGCAAAGAGCGAGUACAUUGCGGGCAGCAUUGCGUCUUUCAAGACUGCUGCAGCCAAGGCCAAAAAGCAGAGGGAAGAAGAUAGGGUAAAGUACGAGCAGAGAAUACAGAACCUCGAGAGCACCGUCAAGAAGCUCAAAGCUGAGGUCCGAGCUGCUCAUCAUCGAGCUGAGCAUGGAGGCACGCCGAGCAACCGUUUGUGCGCAUGUCAGCAACAAAGCAGUCCCAUCUCAACUUUCAAAGGUCCUACGCGAGCAAGCGAAGAAGCGUCGCAGCGCUCAAGUGAUGCAGAAAUUUCCUAUCCCGCAACUCGUGCCAUCCUAUCGGAAAUGGGCUCCAGCCUCAAUGGUCGCUCUGUACCUCGACCUUCGCACUCUUUUGACCAGUCCACUUCCCUAUCUUUGGAAGUUGUACCCGAAGACAUCACAGCCGAGCUGUCAGAUGAGGAUUACCACUUCUUUGGGCUGGGCAAAAGGUCUCGCCCGGAGCCUGCCAAGAAGAGAACGGCAGAUACGGCAACAGGUCCAGCCGCCAUCUCUUCGAAGCGACCAUUACUGGUGUUGCAAUCGACAAUAGCGGUCUCAGAAGGCGCUGAUGCCCUACCACCGCGAUCAAUCACGGACGACAAAGUCAGAGCGAGAAGCGGGCCAAACGUGCUGAAGAGGAUGACAGCCCUAAAUGAACAAGACGACGUCUUUCUGCCCGAAUCCAAGGGGUCGAAUUCGAGGGCCGAAGGUAUCCCUCACCCGUCCUCGCUGAAGCCGAAGAGCGAAGCUGCCCUCAAGAGGUCGGGACUCGGCCCUCAGCAUGUCAGGAGUCCAGAUGGUCGAUCCAAGUCUGACUUUUUCAGUCCGCGCUCGACGACCGUCAGCGCCUCGGCCACGUUUGGCAAAGAUGACGACCUUGCGCUCAGAGCUAUAAGUGGCGGGAAAGCUGUUAGCGGGCCUCGAAAUAAGAGCAAACUUCGUUGAGAACUUCGAUGAAAGUACAUCAUCGCUCAGCAGACCCCGUUGAAUCAUGUUACGCCUGACCCGUCCAUGUACACUACCACCUCAUUUGAUGCGGCUG